CUAGUGCUAGCCAAGAUGGCCGCCCCGGGGGCGCGCCCCCACCUGCCACUCUCAACAUGGCGGACGGGCGCCGCCGUUCCCAGUGUGCAGUGUGUGUCGGAAGUGAUGCAUCGCACACGUUUCCUCUUUCUUUCUGCAGCAGGAACCGUUGGCUGCUGGGCCAGGGGGGCGCGGUGGAUAGUGACCUUUGCCCCGACCUCGUCGUGGGGACCCAGCGCAGCUCCCCGCAGCCCGCCUGCUCCCCCAGACCCUGUUUCCGGCUCUCGAGCUCCCGGCGUGAUGUUACUGUUUCUGCUGCUGCUUCCCCUGUGCGAGGCGGUGGAGGUCAAGCGACCCCGGGGCGUCUCCCUCACGAAUCAUCACUUCUACGAUGAGUCCAAACCUUUCACGUGUCUGGAUGGCUCGGCCACGGUCCCGUUCGAUCAGGUCAACGACGAUUACUGUGACUGCAAGGAUGGCUCGGAUGAGCCAGGCACGGCGGCCUGUCCCAACGGGAGCUUCCACUGUACCAACACCGGCUACAAGCCCCUGUACAUCUCCUCCACCUGGGUCAACGACGGCGUGUGUGACUGCUGUGACGGAACAGACGAGUACAACAGUGGCACCAUCUGUGAAAACACCUGCAAAGAGAAGGGCCGGAAGGAGAGGGAGACCCUGCAGCAGCUGGCCGAGGUGACUCGCGAGGGCGUCCGCCUGAAAAAGAUCCUGAUUGAGGAGUGGAAGAAGAGCCGAGAGGAAAAGGAGAACAAGCUCACAGAGCUGCAGGACAGGAAGAAGUCCCUGGCCGAGCAGGUGGAGGUGCUGCGGGCCGCGAAGGAGGAGGCCGAGAAGCCCGAGAAGGAAGCCAAAGAAGAGCACCGGAAGAUGUGGGAAGAGCAGGUGGCCCGGGCGCAGAGUGAGCAGGAGCAGGCACGCGUGGCCUUGAUCUUCCAGGAGCUGGAUGUCAACAUGGACGAGUGGGUCUCAGUGGGUGAGCUGCAGACACACACAGAGCUGGACACGGAUGGGGACGGGGCUUUGUCAGAAGAGGAAGCCCAGGCCCUCCUCGGAGGGGACAUGCAGGUGGACAGGGUCACCUUCUUUGACCGGAUCUGGGCGACCAUCAAGGACAAGUAUCAGACACAGGCACUGCCCCCUGAGCAGCCUGCAGCCCCUGCUUCCGACCAGCUGACACAGCCCACGGAGCACCAGCAGGAGGUGCCCCCAGGAGCCCCUGAGGAGGAGGAAGAGGAGGAGGAGGAAGAGCGGGAGGAGGAGGAAGAGGAACCGGAGGAAGAAGAGGAGCCGGAGGAGGAAGCUCAGGUGCCAGGGGAGCAGACCCCCAAGGAGGCGCCGCCCCCGCUGGCCCCGGCCCCGCCGGCCAGCGCUGCCCCGGAGGACCCCGCAGCCCAGAUGCCGCCCUACGACGCCUACACGCAGGGCCUGAUCGAUGCUGCCCAGAAGGCCCGCAGUGAGUUUGAGGAGGCCGAACGGUCACUGAAGGACAUGCAAGAGACCAUCAGGAACCUGGAGCAGGAAAUUUCCUUCGACUUCGGCCCCAGUGGGGAGUUCUCCUACCUCUACAGCCAGUGCUACGAGCUCUCCACCAAUGAGUACGUCUACCGGCUCUGCCCCUUCAAACUGGUGUCGCAAAAACCCAAACUUGGGGGCUCCCCCACCAACCUUGGCACGUGGGGCUCCUGGGCUGGGCCCGAACACGACAAGUACAGCGCCAUGAAGUACGAGCAGGGCACGGGCUGCUGGCAAGGCCCCAACCGCUCCACCACGGUGCGCCUGCUGUGUGGAAAAGAGACCGCGGUGACCAGCACCACAGAGCCCAGCCGCUGUGAGUACCUCAUGGAGCUGACCACACCCGCCGCCUGCCCAGACCUGCCCCCGGAGCUGCCAGAAGUGGACCAUGAUGAGCUCUGAGCUGCACGUGCAGAGGUGGCGAGGAGCAGCAUGAGGGGGGACAGGACAGUCCCCAUCCUUUCCUCUGCACCUCCGGCCCCAAAACCUCCAGGCAUGGAACCAGCCCCUCAGUCUGCAGACCAAGCCUGCCCCCGGGUCUCCUGCUCCCCAACACCUCCCUGGGGGGCUAGGAACCAUACAGGGGCUCCAGGCCCUGCUCUCUGGGGGCCAGACCAGGUAGAGGCAAGUUUCCAGGUCCCAGGGGCCUCUGAUGCAGUUAGAGAGUAUACCCUCCCGGGACCCCCCCUGCCCCCACACACACCCAGGGCAGCCCCUCCUGCAGGGAACAAAUGACUUGACCUGUGACCGUGACCUCAAAACAAUAAACGUUGAUGG